GCUUGUUUUUGUUAUCGGUUUCGCCGCAAGUGGUAGUGGGCGAUCGUGAUUUUACUGUCACUCUACACAGUCUGUAGGUCUAUUUACUUAGUACCUACCCCCCUCACGAUUGGUGCAGUUGCCCAUUGGUGAAUUGGUGGUGGAUAGUCAGUCAUCUUUGAUUUAUAUGUUUGAUAUGCGGUGCGGUUUAAAAAUUAGAUACAUAGGUUAGAAUUCAAUCAAAACACUACCAAAAGAUGUAUUUUAACCUCUUCUAUUUGUAAGCCUAUUUGUUUGUUUGGAAGAGUAUUGCAGCCUUCCUAUAAUUGGUCUGGAUUGAAAUUUGUAUUGGCUUUUAAAUAAAUGAUGAUGUAGGGUAGGCUUGGUGUUAAUUGUUUGUACGAAAACCGCAAAGAUAGUAUAUAGUGUUGGUCCUAUUCUGAUCUCACAAUGCAUAAACGAGAUAAAGGGCAUAAAAGUGGUAAGAACACAAACACUAGUUCAAAAUUGGAUGUGCAUCGGGGGUGGAGAUAUUCUAAUCACCUUCGACGAAUUUGCUUAAUAUCUUUGGCUUGUGUGUUUGCGAUACUCCAUAAUUUUCAUGUGUCCACAAUGUUUGAAAACGAUCGCCAUUUUUCUCACCUAUCAACGCUUGAGAGAGAAAUGACUUUCCAUAGUGAAAUGGGAAUGUAUUAUUCAUACUACAAAAGAAUAAUAGAGGCACCUUCUUUUAUGGAUGGAUUUCAUCACAUUACACACGACAACCUAACUGAGUACCCCUCAGUAAUAAAUACGCUGGAGAGAUUUAAUCUUUUACCUGAGGUGCUAAUCGGUGGUCUGUACCGCACGUUCGAGGCUGUGACAGAAAGGAUGGGACUGGCCACCAAGAAGUGUUGGCAGGUAGAAAGAGGCAGUGGGCUGCCCCCAGUGACCAGCUGUGAAGGUCUGGGUGAUCCCAUGUAUUUCUAUCUAGAGGCUGCCUGGCUCUGUGCUAGUUUCACCACAGCAUUUCUCUUCCUCUAUGCUGUUUACCUGAGUGACUCGAUCAUUGGUGGGAUUUUAGCAGUCAUUUGUUUUUUCUACAAUCAUGGUGAGUGCACCAGAGUUCAGUGGACACCUCCUCUACGUGAGACGUUCGCCUACCCAUUCUGUCUUCUACAAAUGAUGGCGGUUACAAUCUCACUUAACCAAAAUAGGAAAACAAAUGAAGAAUCUGUUUACAACCGUUACCAUAUUUUACAGGUUGUGUUAGUUGGAGGCACGUCAUGGCUGUGUUUAACACUGUGGCAGUUUUCUCAGUUCUUCCUUACCACCCAGUUAAUUGCAGUUCUGGUGUUGUAUUUGUUCAAUAUCAUCAGCCGAUUUUCAGCACUCAUCGUAGUUUUUGGUGUUGCGAUCGGGCUGACCCAAAGCUUGGUGGUCAUGUUUGGCAAUGAGCUGUUGUUGACGUCUCUGCUGACUUGUCUGGUCCUGUCGACCGCGGUAGCUCUGCUGUUUGUAGCUCCAGUGCUCCAGAACAGGUGGCACAUCAUUCCUCGAUCAGCCACAAUCCUAGCACUCAUUGCAGCCUCCACUGUACUGCUCAAGAGUAGGGUCUUCACCGCUAACCAAGAUGCACAUAUAAUAAAUAUUUUGAAGUCAAAACUGAGCAACUACAAGGAUUUCCACUCCUUGCUGUACGUUUGCUCUGUGGAGUUUGAUGUUCUCGGAUGGGAGCCGGUGCUGAAGCUCUGUGAGACAUGGCUGCUCCCAGCAGUGUUCUUUGUGCUGCUGUUGCUAGCAAUACGAUGGAUCCAGUUGGCAGUGCUUUUCAGGUCUUUCAAGCACGUGGAGCCAGAAGUUGCAUAUAAUGUUCUCCAGCUGGCAGCGUUUUCCAUCAUGGCUGCACUGGUAAUGAGACUCAAAUUGUUCUUCACACCUCACUUGUGUCUGAUCUCAUCUUUGGUAUCGUCGAGGAAGUAUUUGGAUAAGAUUCAGUCAAAUGAAGUAAGGCUUGCCCUGAUUGUGAUUCUGGUUGGUGGCAUGAGCGUCAAAGGAAUUUCAAACGUAUCUCACCAAAGAAAUAUCAUGGGAGAGUACAGCAAUCUGCCGUUAGAGGAGGUUCUCACAUGGAUAAAGACAAACACGGCUCCAACAGAUGUGUUUGCAGGGCCUAUGCCGAUCAUGUCGGCAGUGCUUCUGUCGACAAAUAGGCCAGUUGUGAACCACCCUCAUUACGAAGAUGUCAAACUGAGGGAAAGGACAUUAAAAGUUUACUCCGCCUUUAGCAGGAAACCUGCUGAGGAAGUAUUCAAAACACUAUCAUCAAUGCAAGUCAAUUAUCUAGUCAUUUCUGAUAGCUGGUGCUUCAGGAGAAGCAAGAAUGGUUGCCAUAUGUUGGAUCUGUGGGAUAUUGAGGAUCCUACAAGCCGAGGUGAAGCUCCUCUCUGCCCUCAACUGUUUAUGGGCUCGCCACUGCCGUUCCAAAGAGUUUUUGCCAACGAUGUUUACGUUGUACUGAGAUUACAACAGCCCUAUGUGGAACUUAAAGGGCUCAAACGCUAUCAGUCAAAAUAAAACCUCAUUACUUAAUUAAAACUUUAAUAAUUUCAUGUUAUAUGAGUACAAUUAUACUUUUAUUAUAUCUUUUAUGAUACUCCUCAAGUAUUCUAAUGUUUUUUAGGAAUACCUUUCAAACUGUGCCUGUGAUAUGUUUUUCGAAUUGUAUUUUAUAAUAAAAUACAUAAUUUUAAAACAUCA